UUGCUAGGAGACCGCCCUCCGGAAACCGGACGACCGGAAGCGGAACUGCCCUCGGCGGCCACUUCCGGGGGAGGCCGCCAUGGCUGCUCGCGCCGAGGUCCUGGCGCUGCAGGCCGAAGUGGCCCGGCGCGAAGAGGAGCUGAGCUCGCUGCGGCAGAGGCUGGCGACGGCGCUGUCGGCGGAGCAGGGGCCGGAGCGGCCGGUGCCCGUGUCGCCGCUGCCCCCCAAGGCCGCCCUGUCCCGGGAAGAGAUUCUGCGCUACAGCCGGCAGCUCGUGCUGCCCGAGCUCGGCGUGGCCGGCCAGCUGCGCCUGGCCGCCGCGUCCGUGCUGGUGGUGGGCUGCGGGGGGCUGGGCUGCCCGCUGGCGCAGUACCUGGCCGCGGCCGGCGUGGGCCGCCUGGGCCUGGUGGACUACGACGUCGUGGAGGUGAGCAACCUGGCGCGCCAGGUGCUGCACGGCGAGGACCUGGCCGGCCAGGCCAAGGCCUUCUCGGCCGCCGCCUCGCUGCGCCGCCUCAAUUCGGCCGUGGAGUGCGUGCCCUACGCGCAGGCGCUGACGCCGGCCACCGCGCUGGACCUGGUCCGCCGCUACGACGUCGUGGCCGACUGCUCGGACAACGUGCCCACGCGCUACCUGGUGAGCGACGCGUGCGUGCUGGCCGGCCGGCCGCUGGUGUCGGCCAGCGCCCUGCGCUUCGAGGGCCAGCUCACGGUGUACCACCACGCCGGCGGCCCCUGCUACCGCUGCGUGUUCCCCGCGCCGCCGCCCGCGCACACGGUGACCAGCUGCGCCGACGGCGGCGUGCUCGGCGUGGUCACGGGCGUCCUGGGCUGCCUGCAGGCGCUGGAGGUGCUCAAGAUCGCCGCGGGGCUCGGCCCGUCCUACAGCGGCCGCCUGCUGCUCUUCGACGCGCUGGGCGGCCAGUUCCGCGCCAUCCGGCUCCGUGGCCGCAGCCCCGACUGCGCGGCGUGCGGCGAGCGGCCCACGGUGACGGCCCUGCAGGACUACGAGGCCUUCUGCGGCGCGGCGGCCACCGACAAGUGCCGCCCCCUGCAGCUGCUGCGCCCCGACCAGCGCGUCUCCGUCACCGACUACAAGCAGCUGCUGGACGCCGGGGUGCCCCACGUGCUGCUGGACGUGAGGCCGCAGGUGGAGGUGGACAUCUGCCGGCUGCCGCAUGCCCUGCACAUCCCCCUGAAACACCUGGAACGGAGGGACGCAGCCAGCUUGCAGCUCCUGGGAGAGGCCAUCCGGGAAGCACGGCCGGGCGCGCAGGACGGGACCGGCCUCCCGGUUUACGUGAUCUGCAAGCUGGGCAACGACUCCCAGAAAGCCGUGCAGAUCCUACAGGCCUGGAGUGCAGCCGGGGAGCUGGACGCGCACCCCGUGCAGGACGUGGCGGGAGGCCUCAUGGCCUGGGCGGCCAAAGUGGACACCUCGUUUCCCGAGUACUGAAUAAGGACGCCAGGACGCUCAGAGGCCGCCGGCCAGCCCGGGAACUUGGCGCAGCACCUCAAAGAUUGCUCUGCCCAGGAAUAUCUAGGGGUCUGUGAUCUCUGUAUACUGGGACUUUUUUUUUUUUUUUUUUUUUUUUUAACAAGGGUCUGUAAGCUGUAACUUGCCGUGUGGUCUGUAGCCACGGGUUGUGGGACUGGUUCUGGGAACUGUUCCAGUCGGGAAGGGUGAAAUGCAGUGUGACAGAGUUUUGGGCUUUGAACUGGAGAUCAUUGGCCCAUCCUGCUUUUCUCCCGCCUCCUCUAAUCUAAAGCUUUCUAAAUUGCUCCUUAUGUUUUUUUUAUGCCCCGGGGUGGUGCAAUAAACAAGGUCUGACUGAAUCAGUCACAGGGAUUGAUGGUCACUUUAUUGGUGGCCAAGACAAAGACCAGUUUACAGGUUUUGCUUCAUCUGGCGAUGAAGUAGAAUAUUUCCUACCGUAUCAGUAUGGGAACAUUACUGGUGCCCGCUUGAGCAAAUCGAUGAGCAAUGGGAUGACAGUGACAAUAUGGGAAACCACCUAUGUAGUCUGCAAUCUGCCCCGUGGCUCAUAAAUUGCUCCAUCUUGGAAAAGAAGUUGCUUUCAGGUUAAGUUGCUUUCAGUGUCUACCAGACUCUACAUUUGGAACAAUUUCUAAAUGGUGUGCAGGGGUUUGACUUGCUUGUCAGUCUCCAAGUGCAGGUCCGGGCACUAAACCUGCCUCCUCUCUUAUGCCCCACUUCUGUCUCCGAAUCAGCCUCUUCGUUUUUCACUGUAUGGUUAACAGUCCCUGGAUACUGGAUUAAAUUAACAUGGGCUGGACAA